UUCGUGCGUACGCUACCUUUUUCAGUCACUGGUUUUUUUUUUUUUUUUUUAAACCGGAGUUCUAAUUUGAACUCACAUGUAGUAACUUUUGUUGAUAAAUUUAUCAUUAAUCUUGCAGAUGUGUGUGAAAAUCAGUUUUAAAAAGAGAUGGGAAGAUCAGUUUUAUGUAUAUGUUAUUCCUUAUUUCUAUGGAUUUUUAUGGGUUUUUAUGGAUUUUUAUGGAUUUAUGGAUCUUUUUUUUUUCAAAUUCUGGUCUAAUGUUUGUUUAAACCAAAAUAGAAAAAAAAAUCAUAUCACAAAAAUAAUACGUAACAUUAAUAAUACGUAAACAUUAAUAAAUUACAG